AUGUCCUCCCUGCCAGUCCUCAUCGUCGGCGCCGGAGUGAGCGGGUUGAUCCUAGCUCAACACCUCCGCGCCAACUCCGUCCCGUUCCUGGUCUUCGAACGAGACAGUGACCUGGCCACCCGCGGUCUCGGCUGGGGCCUGACCCUGCAUUGGUCCCUGCCUGCGCUACGCCACCUCCUCCCCGCACACAUCUACGACCGCCUGCCGGAGGCGUACGUCGACCGUGAGGCCGUCGAACGCGGUGAAGCCUCGCGGUUUCCCUUUUACGAUCUCAGUACUGGGGAACUCAGGGCUGCGACGCCCAAGGCGCCCGAGGGACAGAGGGUUAGGGUUACUAGGGCGCGACUUAGAAAGCUCGUUGCUGAGGGGAUUGAUAUCCAGUGGAACAAAGCCUUUUCCUCUUACACAUCAACACCUUCGUCUGUCACCGUCACUUUUGAAGACGGCUCCUCAUACACAGGAUGCCUUCUCGUAGGUUGCGACGGCGGAACCUCACGAGUCCGUCGCGCCCUCUUCCCCGCCCAGUAUGAGCGGCACCGAGUCCCCGUCCGUACCAUGGGAUUCCGCGCCGAUUUUUCGCCGCAGGAAAUCGCCGAUAUUCGCGCCAUGGACUCUUUCUUCCUCCAGGCGGCGGCGUCCGAGAACGAUACAUUUUUGUACUUUAGUGUUCUGAGCGGUCCUCAACACGCCCCAAACAAAAAACCCACCAACAAAUACACUUGCCAACUUGUCGUCUCCUGGCCCGACCGCCCCGGCUUCUUCGGCGAACCCUCCGGCAUCGAGUACCCCGAGACCGACCAGGGCCGCCUCGAACUCCUCCACCGCUUCGCCAGCACCUGGGCCGAACCCUUCCGGUCCCUCGUCCUCGGCGUGGAGCUCCGCGGGACGGGCUCCCACAAGACGGCGAGAAGUGGCGGAGGCGUCACAUCGGAGAUCAAGACGCUUGAUUUAUUCGAUUGGCCGCCUCCAAAGGGGUUGAGGGGGGAGGGACGGGUGGUUUUGAUGGGGGAUUCUAUGCAUCAGAUGACUAUGUAUCGAGGCGAAGGCGCCAACCAUGCCAUCGUCGACGUCCAAGACUUCGCCGACCUCGUCAGCCCCGUGCUCUCGCGCACAUCUAUUUCUCCCGCCGACGGGACGCCUGGCCCUAGCGGCUUUGAGGACCUGCGUUCCGCGCUGGAUGCGUACGAGGACGCCGUCGUGGAUAGGGCGAGGCCCGGUGUGCUCGCUUCGCGAAGAGCCUGUUUGGACGCUCACGAGUGGAAGAGGAUUGAUGAGACCAGCCCUUUGUUGUCGAGGAGGGCUAUGAAAUUGGAUUUUGACGAGGAAUGA